AGUUUCAUUAUAUAUACCAUCAGCCUUAGGCCUAUAGAAACACAGUUUGUGAAGAAACCAAACUUAGAACAAUGAGUUGGUUUCUUGGGAUUUUGUUCCUCAGUUUCAUAUAUGGCAGUGUUUCAGAGGUUCAAGACAAAAAUGACCGUUCUGCUGCUGUAAUUGGUACUGUUUACUGUGAUACAUGUUCUGAGCAAGAUUUCACACCCGAAACCCCCUUCAUUUCAGGUGCCAAAGUUGGUGUAGAAUGCAAAUUUGGGUAUUCAGUACCAAGUUUCAAGGAAGAAGUGGAGACAGAUAAACAUGGUGAAUUCAAAGUGAAGCUACCAUUCAAAGUGUGGAAGCAUGCACAGAGAAUCAAAGGGUGCACUGUCAAACUCAUUAGUAGCAGUGAGUCAAAUUGUGAUGUCCCCUCAGUUUCCACCUCUUCUUCAGUUAGUCUCAUUACAACAAAGCAAGAAGAACACAUUUUCUCAGCUGGCUUCUUCUCAUUCAAACCUGUUCAAAAACCAAGCUUUUGCAACCAAAAACAAAGUGUUUCAAACCCAUCUAUAUCAGAUGAAAAUUCAGCAGUAGAUACCGUUUUCCCUCCCCUCCCAUUCCUACCUCCAAUCCCAUUCCUACCUCCAAUUCCCUUCCUACCUCCAAUCCCAUUCCUACCUCCAAUUCCUUUCCUUCCUCCAAUCCCAUUCCUGCCUCCCAAUCCAUUUAUACCUCCAAACCCAUUCCUACCUCCAAACCCAUUCUUACCUCCUAGCCCACCAAGCCCACCCCAAACUCCAACUCCAGUGCAACCACCUUCAAAUACUCCACUUCCAUCACCAACAUCUCCUAGUCCAUGGUCACCACCUCCCGAGAUUCCUAGUCCAUCUUCACCACCUACCGAAAGUCCAACUCCAUCGUCACCACCUCCAAGUCCAUUGCCAGAACCUCCAACUUCAGAACCUCCAACUUCAGAACCUCCAAGUCCAUUACCAGAACCUCCAACUUCAGAACCUCCAACUUCAUUGCCAGAACCUCCAAGUCCAUUGCCAUCAAGAAGUGCACCCGCACUCAACUACUAUACACUCUAACCACCAUGCCCACACAGCCAAUUUAUCCAAUGCUGUUUCAUCCCCUUGAGAUUAAAUAAAGCACUUGACGAAGAACUGGGCAAUUUAAAUGAGCUUCCAGGAAAAAUAGUAGAAAGAUUGAAAUGUUAAGUUAAAAUUAACUUACAUGUUGUAGAGUGUUUGAAAAAUUUAGAUAUGUAAGUUAAUGUUAACUUGCCAGAGGAAUUUAUACAAGUUGGUGCUAUACCUGUUCAUAA